UUUGUUUGCGUCGGUCAGAUUUGUGUUACAUUCUUUGCUUUCGGCUCUCUUCGUGAUCGUUAGUGACAAUGCGUCUAGCAACAUUUAACGCGUUGAGACACUUGUUUCUAUCAUGUCCUCAACGCAUACCUCUAUCCAUUGUCACGCUGAGACGCACGCUCCCAGUUCUUGCUCGCCGUGCUAAUAGUUCUACUGCCGAUGAACGAGCAAUUAUCCAGAGUGCAGCGUUACUUGACUCUCUAGUAGGGUCUUUAUCAGGCCUCGACUUGAAGACUUCAUCGCUAUCAGAUAUAUUACCUCCCCCCACGCCCCCAAUUCAGAAUUCAACUCCAGACGCUUCACAAAUGCUCAUUCCGCCAGCAUCCGAUCCCCUUCUUUAUUUCCUCGGAUCUUUCCUGCUUAACCAAGAAAAGCGUGCAAGGGCAGAGCGCAUCGUCCCCAAGCGCUCAGGAAAGAACGACGUGAGACCUGCUGUGCUUCCAGAAAAACAGCAUAUAAGGGCAAUUGUUCAUGCUGUACUAGUAACCAGCAAAAACAAGAGUGGGAGGAUGGUGGAGGAGCGUUUAACACGAGAAAUUAUUGCUGUUGUUAACGGAGACAGCAAAGCUAAUACUGACAAAGAGCUGGCACACAAACAAACUGUGGUCAAUAGGGGUAAUGCGCUCGUGAAGUGAGGAUCUU